AUGGAGCAUUUGGAUUUAGCCGGUAUUAUGACAACACCACCCCAAUGGAAUACACCAGUAUUUGAUCAACAAGAUGCCAUAUAUCUAUCCUCCUCCCGCCAAAUGUUGGAACCCAUUAUGGAAGAAACUUCUGAGGAUGAGGAAUAUGCCUAUAACUCCUGGAACCAAUAUGACUCUAGCAGUUUUUAUAGCUCAGCCGAAUCGGAUACAGGUUCUGUAAUUAGAGUCGAAAUAACCAAAGAUAACGAUUCUAAUAGUGAACGUGAUAUUUUGUGUCCGGCCAAGCGGGCAAGGCGCUGUGAUGAUCCCACUUCAGAGGAUGAGGUGAUUUUGCGAAGACCGGCAACAUCAAAUCUCUAUGCGGAACAUAAAAAUAGCAGUUUGGAAAGAUUUUUGAAUUAUGAGAAUUUUUCACGCGAUUCCUGGGGCAGUGGCGCCCAACAGAUUUCGGCGCAGCGCAAUAGUUUGGGUAAUCGCCGUUUUGAUGAUUUCUAUUCCGAUUCCGACUCCUUGUCCUAUAACUCCUUAAGUCGCUCCUCAUCGCUGAUCCAAUUCGAGUCCUUGGAGCGCCAGUUGCUGCUGCAGGAACAGCAUGCAAGCAUGAAUAGUUUGGGUAAUUCUUCGCCCUCCCUGCUCAGUUUUGAUAUGUCCAAGGAGGCGAAUGAGGAUUGCAAUAAUCGAAAUUCCGCAAAUAGUUCGGGAAAUAAUAGCAGGAGAGGUUCACAGUCUUCGUUGCUGAAAAAAUAUGAAUCGCUGGAUGGCCGUCUACAUCAGACCUAUUACGAUUUGGAUAAGCUGAAUUUUGAUGAUAUGGUGGAGGUUGGUGGUGGGGGUUCGAAUGCCACUUCGGAAAAUUUCCCCCGAGUGGGUGGCUUGAAAUUGGCGGAACUGAGAUCAGAUUCAGAGUCGAGUUCCUCGUCAUCCUCCUCAAGCUCAUCCUCGUCCUCCUAUGAAGGUUCCGAUGCCUGUUCCCCAAGGGUAGUAUCGGUUCUCUCCCCCAAAUUCCAGCGUUCGCAAAGUAAAAAAGGUAAAUCUUCGGCGGAGAACCUUAGUGAGGACUCGGGCUAUUGUGAGCCUUUUGGUGGAGGUCUGCUAAGGCGUAGCAAAUCCCAGAACCUGUGUAAAAAUUAUGAAAAAUUCUCCGAAGAGGAUGAGGAGUUAAUGGAACAUAAAUCCCUGCAGCAUUCCGAUUUCGAUUUCAAUUUGCCAAUAAAAAAUCCAGAAGCCCAUGAAGCAGCAGCAUCCUCACACGAAGUGCAGCCAGCAUCUUCUGGCUUCUGUAAAGAUCAGGCGGCCAAACAUUCCAUUAACGUAUUUAAAAAUAAUCCGACAACAACAACACCCCCCACCUCCCCCACUCUUGUGGAUUACAUGCGCCACAAGCAACGCAGCCAAACACACUCACCAUCGCCAGUCUCCUCGGAGGUGUCUACGGCCUCAAGUAAAAAUUCUCAUACAUCCUCAGCGGCAUCGUCAUGCUCACGCUCAUCAGCCGCAUCAUCAACAUCAUCAUCCACAUCGUCAUCAUCAUCUUCGGCCACGACAUGCGCAUCUCGGGCCUCUUUCACAUGGCUAAUGCCGUCAGCCUCCGACGCCACCAACAGAAUCUCCACGCCACCACUGGCUUUUCACUUAUUUUAUAGUUCCGAAUCAUCGGAAUAUUAUUCUUCGCCAGUGGUGGAACGCCGAAGUGGUUUCCCCAACUUAAUGCAGAAUUGUUGGUUCGGCAGGACCUCAAGUGUACCAAAUGAAUUGCAGCAAUUGGGCCGAAGCAAAACAAAGAAAUUGAAAAAGUCCCGGACACGGAUCCCCCACCCUAACCUCAGCAACUCCCCUCAAAGCGGCGACUCAAGUUCCCCCGAAUCAAGUGAAGAGGAUUCGAGACUCAAAAGAAGUUCCAGUUGGUGUUUUGAGAAUUCAUUUUCCCCCGAAGCGAACCUCCAGACCCCUUUCCAAUUCUGUCAGACCCCAGAACCUCCUUUGGCCAUUAAACAUUGCUCGCGAUUACAUCAAUCCUAUUAUAAUUUGGCCCAAUUGAAUUUUGAGAACGAAGAAGAAGAGCAGCGGGAACAAAAAAUGUCCGACAAACGUAGCUCCUCCGACUAUGAAACGGAAUUGGUUUGCCGUAAUAAUUUCCUCUUAGAUGAGCUAUCGGCCCAUUAUGAUAAGACCGCCUCGAUUUUAAAUGAUCGCCCCCAGAGUAAGGAAAAAGAAAUGGCGCCCGAUGUGGUGGAUUGUGUGAAACCCAAACCUCCGACAAGGAGAAGGAAAAAUUCCAAUUCUUCCAGUCACUCGGAAACGGAAAAUCCCGAAGAAGAUGCAGAAGCUGUCCAACACGUCCAAUUAGUGAUACGCAAACCCCCGGCCCGCCAGAAGCGCCAGGGAAAACACGUCGAAGAGAAAACCAAUAGUCUGACCCAAGAUUUCACCUUCAGUGCCCUUAUGGGUCAAACUUCGGGCAAGACAUUCGACCAAGAUCCGACUAUGCUGCGCACCAGCUAUGCCCAAAGUUUGGAAAAGUGCAAUUUUGAUUGUAGGGAGAUAAGUAAUCCUGAUUUGACACGCACACGCACCAUGCCCAAGAGACGUUUCCAUAGCCAGGCGAAUUCCUCGAAAAAGAAAAAUUUAGUUUCCUCCACCCCCAACCUGAAUGCCUAUCAAAAUGAAGAGGAUCGUGACAUCGAGGAUGAUAUGUUUGUCUCCUCCGCCACUAAUUCCAUGCAUCAAUUGAACAUCAAUCAAACCCAAAAGCCAUUGGGAAUUCUACUGCCCGCCGGCUCAAGGAGUUCCUUUGGUAAGGAGGUUAGUUUUUGCCCUGUCGUCUCGAAAUAUUCAUGGCAGGAACAAUCCUCAGAGGAAUAUCAUGAUGAGGGAGAGGCGGAGGUACUACCCGCCUCUGAAUCCAGUGAUGAUGAGCUAUUGGAUAAUUGUGAUGCCGUGGUCAUUAAAAAUACCAAAGAAAAUGAAAUUAUUGGCAGUUUUUAUAAAGAAAAAGAAGAGCCUGAAGAGUUAUCGCUGAAAGAGAAAUAUAAGGCCGUUAUCAAAGAGUUACCUAAAUUAAUAAUAAAUCAGAAAAAAGAAGAGAAUUCGGGCAUUAAAGAGACUAAGAGAGUGGAUCAAUAUGAUAGCAGCAACAAAACAACACAACAAAUGGUUGAAGAGCAUGCCAACAGUGACAACAUAAGGGGAGAGAGGCCAAACACAGCAUGCCCAAGUGAACAGUAUGGCAACAACAACAAUAAUGUAAACAACAAUGAGGGAGAGCCUAACAGCACAACACAACUGUGUGGUGGAGCAAAUGAACAACAACACACAAACAAAGCUCUGUUAUGUGCUGCUGGCGGCGCUCGUUCAAUUACCGAAGACGCUGAGCAUGCUCGGCCAACGUAUGCAGAGACGACAAGCCAAACAACAACACACAAUGAGGGUCGGCAACAACAACCACACACAGGCAAGCCACAGUACAGUGGCGCUCUGCCUAGAGGAGACGAAAACAGAGACAGAGAACACAACACAGAGAGUCAGGUGGCCGAGAGAGCCCACACAAGUGAUACUGCUCAGCCGUCUUUACUAAUGGCCGUUGUCGAAACCAAACAAGAAUUGAGCAAUGUAAAACGGGAACGCAUGACAAAUGAAACACAGGGGAAUAUGGAGAAUGAGAACGCAGACGACGACGAUUCAAUGUUUAUAACCAAAGCAACAUUUAGUUUAACAACGAACGUAAACAAUGAAACAACAUUAAAUGUUAAUAAAACGGAUAUUAAGCCAUCGCAACAAGAAGAAGCAGAACAACAAGAACGAGCAACAGUCGGCGCAAAAUCAGACAAAACAAAACACGGUGACCAACCAAUAAAUAAGCCUGCAAUUAAGCCCACCAUUGUUAUUGCCCGGCCAAUUAGUAUCCAAUUGCCCAUAUUAUCGGAACCGCCAAUUAAUCGGGCCCAUCACAUACUCUACGCCUCCCAGCAGAUGUUGGAUAAAUUCCAAAGGCAACAGGAAACGGAAAAACAACAAUAUUCGGCCAAUAAAUCUCAGUCGGUGCAAAAUUUGAAUAGGAUGUCGUCGUCCACGAAUUCCAUGGCAAAUGCCUCUUCCGGUUCCACCGCGAAAAUUAACAACAACAAUGAUAUCAUGAAAUCGAAAUUUAAGGCCGAUGAAAAACAUCCAAAUUCCAAGGGUUUCUUAUCGCGUUUUGCCAAUGGUUUUCGGUUUUCGAUGAGGAAAAAUAAGAAAACGAAAUUAACAAAGGACCCGGAGCAACAACAAGGGGAAGUUAAGGAGGUCGUCACCAAAGAAGCCAACAAAAAAUCGAAUGGUUCUUCCAAAAUGCCUUCGAAAUCCUCUUCAUCACAACCGGAUUACAUUUACAUACCCUUAAAGGGGCCCUUGCCGGAAAAAUAUGAAACCGGCUUCUUUGAGUCGCACAAGGAAAACAAUAAUGGCAAUGCUGGCCCCAACACAAAUGGCAAUGCCGCCGCCACCACAGUGACAAAUGGUACUAAAAUGUCAAACGCCAAAAAGGGCACAACAAAAUCCAACUCAAAGGUAAUCGGCAAACCACCCCUACCACCCCAACAACAACAAGCAAAAUCUCAAAGCGCAAACUCCACACAACAGCAGCAGCAAUCAAUUGGAGGCAGCCGUUUUUACACCCAAGAAUUACAGCAAACAGCUGAUGCCGGCGGUGCCCCAUUCACCACCCCCUUGGCUCCCCUCAAUCCUCGUGGCAGUACCGAAGAUUUCUUGCAAGCAGAACGUUCACAUGGCCAUGCCCAUCAUCGUCAGUCCUUUGGCAAUAAUGAAACGGUCGACAACAUGUCCGGCACGAAUGUUGUUGUAAACUAUGAUUUCGGUGUAUCGCCGUCACGUGCAACGGUCUCGCAAAAAACUCAAAUGUUUAAUAAUUUAUCGCGUAACUCCGCGGCAUCCAACAACGGCUCCGGAGGUGAACCCAAAAUCGGUUUAAUUGAAACAAAUUUGGAUACCCAUGAAACGGUUAUAACGGGUAAAACACGUUCGCUCAUGAAUAUUGGACCUAAUGCCUCAUUGGGUGGUGGUUCGAAUAAAAGGCACACCUUGGGUGGCGGCCAUAAGGUAUCCGGAGGUGGUGACCCCGAUGAUGAUGUUGAUUAUGAUGAUAACGAUGAAGUUGUUGUACGGCCUGAUGGCACAGUUGUUGUUAUUAAAAAUGCCGGUACGGCUGGUGGGCAAGCGGCCCAAAUUGCAUCGGUGAGACGUCCACACAAGUCAAUGGAAUUUUUAUUGGAUAAAGAGAAUCAAAAGGAUGUAAUGGUAAGUAGAAAAGAAAAAAACAAACUACAUCAUUGCCACGAUGACUGGUAUUUUGCAAAACGUGUAGUCAAUCGUCGUCGUCAUCUUCAUCAUCAUCACCAUCGCACCAUGUUUGACUUUAAUCCACAAUGUCCCCCCUUCCCUUCCCGUUCCGCCACACAAACAAUCAAAUCGCAAAGCAAGCAAUCGGCAACAUCAGCAAACAGCCAGCAAGCCAAGGUAGCCAAACAGGCAGGCAGGCAGGCAGGCAGGCAGGCAUGCAGAGUCCCCAACAAAAACUGUCAAUACAAUUUUUUGUUUAUGGGCAAACAAAUACAGGAGUCACAGCAGCACAAACAGCAACACAACAACAAUAGCAACUCUAACAAAUCCAAACAAGAUCAAUCUGUAAACAAUGAAUAG